CGCGUUUAGUGUUUCCGUGAAGGCUAAAGAUAGAUUGAUAGAUUUACGUACGAGAAAACAACACACACACUGAAGACUUUAUAAGAGGUUUCCUUGGUAAAUGGGCGUGAAAUAGACUGAUGGAUUCUUGUGAAGGGACGAGCUGGAAGAUACAAGAUAGCACCACCCAGCUGACGGUAUUCCCGUGAUCUGAAGCACUUGUGAUAAUACCAAUGAUAAGUCGUGUUCUCUCUCUCGCGCUCAUAAAUAACUUAACAUGCAUUGCUGAGGGAAAUAUUCUGGUGCUUGGCUGUUUAGUGCUGUGGUGUGCUGUGGUGGUGUGCUGCGGUGUUGAGCCUUGCGUGCGUGGCUUCCUGGACCUGACCUGCCUGAUUUGUGGCCGUAUUCUGAAACCCUUCUGUCCGCACCUCGACUGCAUUCAUUAGGCUGUAGUUGAAGUGACAAGGGUUUUUAAGUGUGUUCUUACGGUUCUAGUGAUAGACUAAUUAGAUAUCUACAUUAUUAACGGGAGAAAUGCUCUUAACUCUGGCUAAUUAUAUCUGUGGCCUUUGAAAAUUGUCGUGGUGAGAAAGCAUAUUGUUUCUGAAUACUGGCCUUGCUCACCUCACUUGACUCACCUCACUUGACUCACCUCACCUGACUCACCUCACCUUCCCCAGAUUCCAGUAAGGCGAAGUAAUAAACUGUUCCUCUGUGUCGUGAGUUACCGCCACUCGUGUGAUUUACUGCGAGUGGCCGUGAUCCGAGUGGUGGUGGUGGUGCUGGUGGUGGUGGUGGUGGUGGUGGUAAAUCCAGCUUCCUGUCCUCGCCAGAGACACGCCCUUGCAAUGCUGUCAACACAACACCUGCGCCAUAACACAGCACUUGGCCGCGUCCUGCAAUACCAACACAGCAUUUCCAGUUGACUUGCUGGAAAACUGUUGCUGUGUUUCUUCUGUUGCUUGUUGCUGUGUUUUGAUUGGUUGUUGGGGAGAGGUUGCUGUGUUUUGAUUGGUUGGUGAGGAAAGGAUGCUGUGUUUUGAUUGGUUGGUGAGAAAAGGAUGCUGUGUUUUGAUUGGUUGUUCAUGAAAGGGUGCUGUUUUUCUACCAUUUGGUGAGGAAAGCUUGCUGUGGUUUGAUUAGUUGGUGAUGAGAGAUUGCUAUGUUUUUAUUGGUUGGUGAGUAGAGGUUGCUGUGCUUCUAUUGGUUGUUGAGGAAAGAGUGCCUUGUUUCUAUUGGUUGUUGAGGAAAGCAUGUUGUGUUUCUACUGGUUAUUGAAGGAAGGACUUGAGGUUUUCUCAUUGCCUGGUGAGGAAAGGUUGCUGUGUUUCUAUUGGUUGAUGAGGAAGGACUGAAAUGCCUCGUUGACUCUCAAACAAACAAACCGCCCCCCCACAAAAAAAAAAAGAAUACUGUUAGUCCCUUGAAAAAAAAAAAAAACGAAUGAGAAAAUAAAAGACAAAAGCUGUUGAGAACUGUUGUCAUUACCUAGCAAAAGACCUCAGUAUUCCUAUUGACUGACUGGCUGAAAGGAAAAGAAGAGAGUUUGAAGUUUUGGCUGUCGAGAAAAGUGUUGCCAUCACCUAUCAAACAGACCACACCAUUCCCACAGAAAGGCCGAAAGAAGGAAAGAAAGAAAGGAAGGAAGGAAGGAAGGAAAGUUGAAGUUUUGGCUGUUGAACGAAAAAGUCCUGUUGUUAUAAGCCAUUAAAAAGACUACAAUAUUUCCACUGACUGACUCAUUGACUGACUGAAAAAAAAGGAUCGAAAGUUGUAUAGAUGGUUGUAUAAUUAAAAAAAAACAACUCCUGUUAUUACCCAUUAAAAAGACCACAGUAUUUUUCCCACUGAAAGAAAGAAGCUGAAAGAAAGAAAAAAAGCUGAAAAAAGAGAAAAAUAGAAAACGAAGGAAAACGUUUUAUUAACCACAAAACUCCCACAGAGGCUAUACCAUUGCCUACCAUUGCUCGACUUGAUGAUCUGGUAACUGGUGCAUGGUGACUAGUAACUGUGUAGUGACUUUGCGUGUGUGUGGUAACUGGUGAUGAUGGAAAAGUCCACCCUGGCCACAGCCCCCAGCAUGGCCACGCUCACAGCCUUCAGGGUCACGGCGCCUAUCCUCUCCCUGCCGCUCCUCACCAACCCAGUCAAAGAAUUCCUCGAGAAGGCGAAAGAGGAGUUCGAGGAGAAAUGGAAAAGUCCUGCAAAGAACACGGCGUGCCUGGAUGACUUCGAGCGGCUCAAGACCCUGGGCACUGGUUCCUUCGGGCGGGUGAUGUUGGUCCAACACAAGGCUACCAAGGAGUAUUAUGCUAUGAAGAUACUCGAUAAGCAAAAGGUGGUAAAGUUGAAACAAGUGGAACACACACUCAAUGAGAAACGAAUAUUGCAGGCCAUCACCUUCCCCUUCCUCGUCAGCCUAGAGUUCCACUUCAAGGAUAAUUCCAAUUUGUACAUGGUGUUAGAGUACGUGCCUGGUGGCGAGAUGUUCUCCCACCUGAGAAAGAUUGGCAGGUUUAGUGAACCACACUCACGGUUUUAUGCUGCCCAAAUUGUGCUAGCAUUUGAAUACCUCCACUACCUUGAUCUUAUAUACAGAGAUCUAAAGCCAGAGAACCUCUUAAUAGACAGCCAAGGAUACCUCAAGGUAACUGAUUUUGGAUUUGCCAAGAGAGUCAAGGGCCGGACGUGGACAUUAUGUGGAACGCCAGAGUACCUCGCCCCCGAGAUCAUUCUCUCAAAGGGCUACAACAAGGCCGUGGACUGGUGGGCCCUUGGAGUGCUGGUCUAUGAGAUGGCUGCUGGCUACCCUCCGUUCUUCGCCGACCAGCCCAUCCAGAUAUACGAAAAAAUUGUAUCAGGAAAGGUGCGGUUCCCCGGUCACUUCUCGUCCGACCUGAAGGACCUGUUGAGGAACCUGCUGCAGGUGGACCUGACGAAGCGGUACGGCAACCUGAAGAACGGCGUCAAUGAUAUCAAGAAUCACAAGUGGUUCGCCACAACAGACUGGAUUGCUGUCUAUCAGAGGAAGGUUGAGGCGCCAUUUAUUCCAAAAUGCAAAGGACCUGGGGACACAAGUAACUUUGAUGACUACGAGGAGGAGGCUCUCCGCAUCUCCUCUACGGAAAAAUGUGCCAAGGAGUUUGCAGAGUUCUAGAGGCCUUUUGCAAUGUCUAGAGGCUAAGCUAACUCCCUGUGUAUGUGUACAAGUUUAGUACUCCCCUCCAAAGACCCCAGUGCAUGUGCAUUGCUGUAUACCUAAGGCUGUGUGCUCACCACCAUGUGUACCAUGCAGUCAGGCCUCAGGCAGGCAGUGGGCGAAGCAAAUGCAGCAGGUGCUCAGAGUUGGGAGAUGCUGUUGUGUACUUGGUGACUCACACAUGAGCAGACAGUGCCAGAGCCCAGGCUGUGAUGGCAUGAGUGCCAAGGAUCAGUAUGGUGAUUAAUUGAAGGUGCCACUCAAGAUAGGUGUCUCUAAUGUUACUUGAAGUCAUCUUGAUGGAAUGCAGUAAGUGAAGCCAUCACUCCACCCUUGGCUGAGGAGAAACACCUGACAUUCUUACAUUCUUAAUCUGUUCACAUUUUUCAUGGAAGGUGACCGAAAGUAACAUUAGACAUUUAUUUAUCUGUAUGUAAAAAGUGCUGCCUCAGGAAAAUGCCAGACUGAGUAUGUCAAGCAAAGAUGGAGUGAUGAAAUGGCAACGCUGCAAUGAUGGGAGGAAGUGCCAUUUUUAGCAAAUAAGGUGGCAUGUUGGAUGAGACGUGCCACUGCUAGCCAGCCACUUGGGGUCCAGGAGCUAACCUAGUCAUGUGGUGAGUGGGGUUGACAAACAUAUUGGGAAGAAAGCCAUUACAAGGGAGACACAGCGGCGACGUGGAGGCAAGGUGGCGCGGGCCAGGAAGACGUGCCCGCCUAUCACUGUGGAGAGAGAAAGUUCUGUUGCAGUUGCGUGUGACGGGUAGAAAGAUUUUUUUUCUUAUCUUAUGGACUGAAUAACCAAUGCAAUAGCAACAGAGUCAACAACCAAUAUUGACAUUUUCUAAUCAAGGAGGAAAAACAACAAAAAAAAGGCUUCAGAAGAUCAUCGGUGAAGACGUGAUCCUGUGUAUGUAAGCAGAAAAGAUGAAGGACUGUAGGUAUAUUAGUGAAAUCAAAACAUAUCCUUGAUCAUUAAUGUUAAGAUUGGUGAGCCCAAAGGAGCGUCAGCAGCAGGAGCAGUCCCCAGCACAGGCCAGCACUUCCACCAGUCCCCCGGAGUCUCCCUAUUGGCCAUCAUUUUAAUCGACUUCAGCUUUGUUUACUAUGCAUGGUCGAUGCCCCAGAUUAACUAUGCCAAAAUGCAGCCAACUCUCAUCACACGUUGUAGAUUACAUAGUACACUUUAUGGGUUCACAGAGUUUUAUGAUUUAAUACAAGAAUGACAAAAGGAUAGAUUUCCCCAAGUUGCAUGUAUGUAGGUAUGUAUCAAAGUUAAUAACAAAAAAAAAGUCCAUGUGUGCAAAGUUGUAGGAUACAUAUAUGUUGGAUUAGUGUUUCUAUGCGAUUCACAUUGAUGUGAUAAAUCAGAAUGAUGUGUGAUGGCUUCUUUUCAUCUAUUUUCAAAAUGAAGGCUAGAUAUGUAUAAAUUAGAGUUUAUCAACUAAUCUUUUUUUGUUUUUAGCAGCCGUUGGGAAAAUAUAGUUAUAAAUUACAAAUUUCCAAGAGCAAAUAUUUUUCUCCUCUUUUUGAAAUCUUGAAAUAUUGUAUAUUGUACGACUCUGUGAGUCUCAAAGCACAGUGUAAAAAUUUACUUUUUUUUCUUUUGAGUUUUAGAAACAUUAUUAGAAACAUUAUUAUUAUUAUUAUUAUUAUUAUUAUUAUUAUUAUUAUUAUUAUUAUUAUUAUUAUUAUUAUUAUUAUUAUUAAAGGCCUUGAGCUGAAGUAGAAAGCCUCUCAGACAGAGGAAUUAACACAAAUUUAUUCUUCACAAGCAUCCUUUUUUUGUGCAAUAUUUUAUAAUAAAAAAAAUGAUGCCCUGUAUCAAUGUACGUACUUUGCAGUGUUACAAGGAUAUGCAGCUCCAAGGUUCAUUGUCUUUAUACAUAAUAAUAACAUGUAUAUAUAAACAGCAGAUCAUGAUAUGCCAUGUACAUCCCGCUGACCUCAGCCCACAGUGUCAGGGAAGAUCUGAUGUGAGUUGGAAUGUCCAGUCUUACGGCAAUAUUUAAUCACAUAUAACAUUCUGGACUGUCAGUCAUUGCCAGGUAGUGUUGGGUGAGCAGGUGUGUGCAGGUGUGUGGGUGAGCAGGUGUGCAGGUGGCUAGAGUGCAGUGCAAGACAAGUGACUUUUUGUUGGGGUAGAUUUAAUGUUAUGUACUGUUCAUAUUUCUCACUCUGUAUAUAAUAAAAUUCAUUUCAACUUCUGAAAUUGGAUGUACUCUUUUUUUUUUUUUUCUUUUUUUUCUCUCAUUUUUUUUAAGUUGGUCUGAGAUUCUUACUAGCUAAACCUGCUGGGAAAUUUUGCUCUGUAUCAAGAUGAUGGCUCUGUACUUUGAUUUGUGCAUGUGAUGAAAAUUGAUACUGCUCAAUGGUGAACUAUUUUGAUGUGUUGAUGUUCUGAAAAAGAUUUUGCCUGCAUUUGUUUACUAAUUUUAUUGUGAAUAGUUUGUCUCCUGUGAACUUUAGCAAAAUGGGAAAACAAAGAAUGGUAUUACAAGGGAAAUUCUUUGAUAUUGUGAGUCUUUUAGCAAAGGUUUUCAUACGCAUACUUUUACCGCCUGCGACUCUCGGCCCCACGGCAGGCACGUUAGCUAUACUGUAUAGCUUUGUAUAGAAAUUUUUUUAAUAAGAAAACAAGUUAGAGGUUGGUUUCACAAUUUUAUUUAUUAUAGACUGUUUGUUUGUAGGUAUCGGGAAAUAUGUAAUAUUUGAUGUUUGAAAUAUAUUUUAAACUAUGUAAUUGCUAAACUUAUAAAUUUGUUGAAUUUGAAAAUGCAAACUAUUGUUUCAUUAAGAGUUGCUGAUUACCAGUACAUUAUGAGUGUUUUAUACAGUAAUACCUGGUGCUCUGUAUUACUCUUUGUAAGGAGUUCAUUUGUAUAUCCCGUGCAUAGAGCGGCUUGACAGAGCCUUGCAGGAGCACCGAGGACAGGUACCCUGGCGGUGGUGGGCGGUGGGGCCCGUGUGUCCAGCAUUACUGACUGUUGCAUCCCAGGUAGACUAGGACUAGUACCAUAAUACUGAACCUGUUACUGCCACCUCUAAAUUUUAACAAUCCUCUGAGCUGUUGUGGGUAAUAAAUUGAGUCAUGUUUUCCACUGUUAGAAUAGCAACUCUGUAGCCAAAUGUUGUUGCUAGUCUUCGGAUUUUCAUAUAUGAUCCCCUGAAAUAACUUAGGCCAUUUGAAAAUACUGUAUGUAUACAUGUAGAAUAUACUGAGUUGAUACGAACCAUAACCAAAAUAAACAUCAAAGCCACAAUGAGAGAAAAAAAAAACAACAUACAUGAAGAAUUUGGUCAAAAGAAGAAUGGGAGUAAGCACAAAGAUGUUUCCCAAGAAGACAGUCAGAGUGAAUACUGCUGGAGACCUUUUACUGUGCUGCUUUACUAACAUUAGGUGGACUCCUGGAGGUUCCACUGUCCUGCUAAAGCUUGUAUGUCUGUCUGAUCCUCUCCGGGUCAGCCACUGCCAGUUCCGUGUGGUCCCGAGUGGUCCCGAGCCUCUCUGGGCCUCCUGUAUUACGCCAUAGGUCUUUAAUUGUUCUUUUCUUGCUUCUUUGUACAAGACAGUUUUCUUUCAAAAUUGUUUCCCACGACAUCCGUUGUCUUUUUCAUAACUUAUUGCGGUAAUUUAUUUUGUUACUUGUGCUUUUCCGGAUAAUUUUUAUUUUCUUUUUAAUUAAUUCUGCUGGGUUAGUUACUGUACACAAUGAGAAAAGAUAAAUCUACCUAUUUCCUACUUAUAUAUUAUAGCUAAGACAGUUACAUAUAGCCAGUGUUAAGCCUUCAUCACGACCGGCAGCAGCGGAACCUUCCCUGAGUGAGAGCGGCGGGGAGCUGCAGCGCCCGACCCGAGCACUACAUACAUUCCGCACAUUGAGCCAGAACAACGCGGGCAUGUGAAUUUUGUUUUAUAUUAUCUUUCCUGUGGUCUUUUCCAUGAAUCACCUGUAGGUCAUUAAGUCAUUCAUAACCUAACUUAAUUGAAGUUUGCAACAUACGUAUGUGAACGAUUUGUAGAUAUUUUGAGACAUUUUAACCAAAUUGUGAUAGGCUGACUAAUUUUUUGGGCUUCUGAUUAAAUUAGUUUGUAAGAUAAAGAAUAACCUUUAUUAAUGUAAGUAACCACUUUUUGCCAUUAAAGUUGAAAAUAUUCAGUGUAAGAUUUGCAUUUGCCCAAAGAAGCCUGUCCACCGCGGCAAGACGGCGUUGUGCGGUGGUCACUGUAAAAAGAGUAGAUUUUUGGGCAAAUAAAACAGUCUGAAGUGCGUUAGUGGGUUUCUUGAUGUUGAUUGUAUAAAAAAAUCCUCCAUUCUCAAAAGAGCCUUCCGUGCAGGGCCCCAAGAAAAGCCACACUGAUGUUUUUCAUGUAAGGACCAACUGACGUGUGAUGUGUGAUUUUAGCAUUGAUUCAUCCCCCCUCCCCUAAUAAUUGUUACUAUAUAUAUGAUAUACAUCUCAGAACUGCUAGUAUCUAUUUUUCUUAAUCUCUAACGUGCAUUAGUGUGUCUGCGUGUGCAUAUGGCCCUAGGAAUUUGUAUGGUCAGUGUGGCCGGUCCCUGCAUGGGAAGCUUGAGCCAGACUAUAUCCCCCUUGAGUAUUUAAUCUAUGUUCAGUGUUCAUAGUCCAAUUGCAUUGAGUUCAUAUUUUGUGAUUUGUAGUUGCCAAUUUUGAAUAAGACGUUAAUAAAUGAAACAUGUACUA